UAGCGGGCCGGGCCGCAGGACGCCGCGCUCGGCGGGAGUGGAGCUGCGCCACCGCCGGGCCGCGCGAGCCGGCUAAGGUCAGCCGGCCCCUGCUGGAAUGUGGGGGCAAGUUUGGAGACAGAGAAAGGAAGAGGGUGACUUGUCCCGGUUCACGAAGUUCUGGAACACCUAGUUCCUUCCUCAGCCCCUGCCAAGUGUAGGGGUUUGUGGGCUUGUCAGUCCCAAGCUCAAGCUGGUUCUGGCCUCUCUCCUACCACUGCCACCCUGUGUCCUGGGCCCUGCCUGAUAUGGGGUCUGGGAAGGGAGGGGGUCUCCAGGGCUUGCUGUGGAGCUGGUGAGGGCUCCUUUGCAUCCCCUCCACUUAGCACACCAAAACCCAUUGCUCCCUCCUGUGGCCAUGCCUGCAAGCUUAGAGGGGCAGAGAAGGGAUUCCGAGGGCCUAGUGAAGGCUCUGGCAUCAGAUGGGAAGCCCUAAAAACAAACCAAGGGAUGCAUGCAAUGUUUGAAGGACAAGAAAUGCCAUUUGAUUUUGUGCCCUGUCCACAAACCCAGCUUCCUGCCACUUGGGCACGAAGGUAGUCACUCUGACUCUGGGCUGGGGUCCCUGAGGGCUGAGGUGGGCAGCUCCUGUGGAGAGCUUCCAGUCCCUGGAAGUGAGAGCGAAGUGUCUCCAUCUGCAUUUCCUUCCUUGCCACAACCACAUACCAGGCAGUGAUCAUGAUUCAUGGUGCCCAGUACAAAGGAAAAACCACUUCCCUUCUGGGGCAAAGUUGGAGCCAGAGACCCCAGCCCCAACUCUUCUCCGCUCUGCUUGAGUCUUCUGGAAUGGACCUGCCUGCCAGGAAGCCAGGUCACCCUUGGUCCUGGUCUUGCCUGCCCCCUGGGGAACACAGGACCACUGUGCAGUAUCCUGGUGGGACGCUUUGGCUGCCGAGUGACGGUGAUGCUGGGGGGCGCACUGGCCAGCCUGGGCAUGGUGACCAGCUCCUUCUGCCGCACCCUUAGCCAGCUCUACCUCACAGCAGGAUUCAUCACAGGCCUGGGCAUGUGCUUCAGCUUCCAGUCGAGCAUCACCGUGCUGGGCUUCUACUUCUCCCACCAUCGGGCGCUGGCCAAUGCACUGGCUUCGGUGGGCGUCUCCCUGGGCAUCACGCUCUGGCCACUGCUCUCCCGAUACCUCCUGGAGGAUCUGGGCUGGAGGGGCACCUUCCUUGUCUUCGGCGGAGUUUUUCUCCACUGCUGUGUCUGUGGAGCUGUUCUGAGGCCCGUGGCCACCAGCACAGCCCCUGAGGCCACAGAAGGCCCCCCUCCACCUUCCAAGACACCUGCUCCCAGCUGCCUGGCAGCGUGUGGUCGGGCCAUCCAGCGCCACCUGGCCUUUGAUAUCCUGCGGCACAAUGCGGGCUACCGAGUGUACACACUGGGUGUUAUGUGGAUGAUCCUGGGUUUCCCACUGCCACACGUCUUUCUGGUGCCAUAUGCCAUGUGGCAUGGGGUGGAUGAACACAGGGCAGCCCUGCUCAUCUCCAUCAUUGGCUUUAGCAACAUCUUCCUGCGGCCCAUGGCUGGGCUGGUGGCAGGCCGGCGGGACUUUGCUGGCCACCGGAAGUACCUGUUCAGCCUGGCAGCCCUGCUCAAUGGCCUCACCAACCUGGUGUGCGCUGCGUCGGCCGACUUCCGGGUGUUGGUGGGCUACUGCUUGGUGUACAGCGUGUCCAUGAGUGGCAUUGGAGCCCUCCUCUUCCAGGUCCUCAUGGAUAUUGUCCCCAUGGAUCGGUUCUCCAGCGCCCUGGGCCUCUUCACCAUCCUGGAGAGCAUCUCCAUUCUCAUCUCCCCGCCACUGGCUGGGCUCCUCCUGGACACCACCGACAACAACUUUAGCUACGUUUUCUACAUGUCAAGCUUCUUCCUCAUAUCAGCUGCCCUCUUUAUGGGUGGCAGCUUCUGUGCCCUUCAGAAGAAGGAGAGGCCAGGCAAGCAGGCCAAGGCAGAAGGAGCCAUCACGGAGGCUGCCUCAGAGCAGGUCCUCGCGGCGGAGGGCUCAUGUGAUUCCAAGAAGCGGCUAUACACCGAGGUCAUGUAUGUGACCAGCGUCUGAGCCCUGAGGUCGGUGAGUGACCAUCUCCGCAGCCCAGGAAUGUGAUGUUCAGCUGCUAGGGGCUGGGGUGAGGGGCUGCCCAGGAAGCCCGAAGUAAAAAGCCAUCCAGGCUCUGCACACUGGGAGUCAGCCAGGAGCUGGGAUCUUGGAGGCUGGCCUCCAAAGACUCAGGGCUCCUUCCAACCAGCAGAAUCCAGGAGCAGAUCUUCCUGACUUUUUCUUUGGGGUACCAGCAUACCUGGAGCCCAGGAAAGUGAGUCUAAACCCUGCUUGGGUCUGUCACAGCCGGCUUGGCUCAGCUGGCUGCCCAGUACUUCUGCUGCCUCUCAACACACUGGACCCUCCAGUCUAGUCUGGAUGUCUCUGAUGUGACUCUUUGUCCUUCUCCGGCCUCCAGACAGUUCCAAAGAGUUCACCCCUCCUGUAAGGCCCUCCACCCCCUUUCUUCCCAAGGGCCCCAGCCCUUGCCCUGAGGGUGGCCCCCAGCACAGGUUGUUGGGCCUCACGCUGACUGGAAGCUUGAGAAGAAGAACCUCCUGAAAGAAUGAGCUGUGACCGGCAGUGGUGGAGGGCCAGGCUGAGGGGUUGGCGUGGACAUAGGACACGGACAGAUUAAUGGUUGGGUAGAGGACCCAUCCUGGUGUCUGAGCAAAGAACUGGUGGGAAGCCCUUGGCUUGGGUCCUAGAAUCAAUGAAGUCUGAGGGGUCCCCUCACUCAGCAGGGCCUGCUCUACAGUCUCCCUCCCUCCCGUGCCCCCACCUUGUAUCUUGGUCAUGAAGCUGAGUGCUGGGGUGGGGGGAAGCCUGACAUUUGAGUGAGCAGUGGAGCAGAAGGAUUGCUGGGCAGGGCAUGAGACCUCUGGGAAAAUGGAGCUGCUUUUGCAGCAGAAGCCUUUCACUCCUUCUCCCUCCUGUGUCAGAGGUGUCCACCUUGGGGUAAGUAGCUGGCUGGGCCAGCUGCCAGCCCACCUCCACUCCCAGGGGGCCUGUGCCUGUGGCAUGGAGGUCAGUGCUCCCCACACACAUCCUCUUUUUGCUGGUACUGGUCCCUGAGGUCAUCACUACAAGCUUGUCCCAGCAGGGUACCACCUGAGGCAAUGGAAAAACAGAGUUUAUUUGAAUUACACACAAAAAAACCUUCCUGUAGCAGGUUAUAAACCCUGUGAACUAAUGAAGCUGGAAAACAGGCCUUGAGUAAGUCCCUCCCCUCCGCCUUCAGUUCUCCCUGCUCAGCAGGGGCUGCUGCGACCCAAGGCCUUGUUUGUUGGUUCAGGCUCAGCCAGGCUCCAACAAGGAAGCCUUAUCAGGAAAAUAAAUUUUAUUUUCAUGACCUGA